UGCCUCAGUCUUAGCCUCGCACGAUUUCGCGUGUGUGCGUUGCCGUUGUUUUCUCACUGUUAGGUUCUAAAUUAGGCCCUUUGGCCUCGCAAUUUUUCUUCUCAUUUGUUGCGCAAUUCGCGUCUGUCGUUGCGUUGAGGUUCUGAUUCGAUUCGGUCUUUCCAGUUCCGGGAGUUUGUGUUCCUUUCGGCGGGUCUAGCGUUUCGUGCGUUUUGGGGAAUUGGGAGCUUUCUAAAUUUGUUACAGUUUGAUGUUUUCGGUGUGCCCUUAUGCAAGUGGCCGGGCCCUGCGUUGCUGGAAAGCCUCGGUUUGAGAGUGGUUUUGCCAGCUAUGGCCUGCCGAGUUUAUCUUUUGCUGUUCGGGGUGUCUUCCCGAAUCGCGUGAGCUUCUGAAGUUUCGAUUGUUCAUUCUUGCACAGUUGAGGGCUUAUAGAGAAUGUAUUGUCCUUCUAUGUUUCGUUUUUCAUGUCGUGAUAAUGGCCAGGGUUUUCUUAAUCUGAUUUUUCACAAGAUAAAUUUCGUCUUUCGAGUUCAAUCUCUUUGGCUGGUUGCUGCUCUUGUUUUCCGUUUACCUUUUCACAAGCGCUCUCGUGCAUUGUAGUGCUCAGAUGCGGAUUAGUUCGCCGUCACAGCGUUUGUUGCAUUGAAUGUAACAGUACUCCAAGUAACUUAACAUCUGCCGUGAGCUUCAGUUCAUUUUAUAUCUGCUUUUAUCUGCACUUUUUUUUUAGAGUUUUUUCAUUUGCGGCUGUUUGGCAUUUGUCAAGAGCAAAGAAGGGGAGGAUAUCAUGGUUUGCUGGUACGGAACAUCACUUUCAUCAACGGCAUAUCUCUUACAGUUCAAGGGUCGGAAGUCUGUCGAAAUUCCGCCUCGAGCAAGCAUUGACAGCAGGCCAGCGCUGGAGGGUUCCCUGAUUCGUGAUAACUACAUUGUCGAAGAGGAAGACACUAUUGGUGCCUUAUAGGCGGGCUACAAGAAGGUUGAUAAAUACUCGACUAGGGGAAGAUCUCAUGAGUGCAACUUUCGAUUUUAAGGGUUGCGCAUCUUAUAUUCUAACGUAAUGGGGACCUUCGGAGCUUCUCAUUAUUCCCUAAACUUCUUCAUUGAUUUUCAUCCAAAGCUGCCAUCAUUUGAUGACCCGGUUCAUCCAGAAGCAAUCUCUUUGACGGAUGGUUGGAAGGGUCUUGGGCUAACAUAUCUUCUGCUCAAAGGGCUGAAAAAUGCAAGCAAAACUUUUAAGCUAAUCACUGAUUCUGCUGAAGGAUCUUCAAAGAAGGAUGGUUUGGGUACGAGCACGGGCAGCCGUUCUGUCAGGCGAAUCCUUUCAGCGAAAAAUCCAGUUAGUGCUCGUCUUAUUCCAAACAAAAACACGGCUGGCUACGGUUUAGGCAAGCCAUCCAGAAGUAAAAGCAAGCUGUCAAGCCACACAAAAGCUUUCAAGAAUGACACUUUGGGAGUUUGCAGAGAACAGAAGAAUUUAAUUGCGGAAGUUGUAGAAGAUUUCUCAGAAAGCGCUCUGUACGAGGCUGCUACCCGGUCUUCAGAGGAACUGAGAUUCUUAACUGAAAAAUCUCUCAGAGAAUUUAACUUAGGAGUUGAAGGUGUGAUGACCACUAUAACGGGGCUAUCUCGAAAAGUACACUAUAAAAAUGAGAUGAAAGAAAUUAUUACUGUUGUCAAAACUGCUGACCGAGUAGUGCAAGGUGUAAAGGCUGCCAAUGGAUUCCUCCAGACUUUCAGUUCUCCAAUCGGUGACUUGCUCGUCCUUGGAGCUGGGGCCAAUGGAGUAGUUCUUGGGAUGAACACAGUCAAGAUUGUACUGAAAGGGGUGAAAAUCUCUAAAGGCCUUACUACAGUAACAAAGUUAUGCAAAAACAGGAAGACUGGGGCGAUUGGGGUGGGUGCGGAAAUGGCCAUCAAGGCUAAUCAGAACAUGCUUGGCCAGCGCUUUAAGGUGAUUGUGAAAGGCUUGAAAGCUUCUGAAGGGGCUGCUAACGUAGUAAGCAUUUCCAAGGAGGUUGGCAAAACUCUAGGUAUGUUGGAUCAGGCUGAACUAUUAUCCUGGAAUCUUGUCAUGAAAGGGUUCAAGUUCACCAAGAGUGCUAUCCGAGUCUUGGAACCAGUUGGGAGCCUUCGUUGGGGAGUCAUGAGUGUGGCAAGGAAGGGAAUACUCGAAGCCAAAGGAGCUGUGGAAGGCGUAGGUGUUGUUGUGAAAGCUGUCGUUCUUUCGCAGGAGCUCUAUAUGGUGAUACUCAAGUGUGUUGGGUUUACAAAAGGCUCCAUGGCAGCCUUCGAAGAGUUUAAGCGGAGAUCAUCGCUUGCCAAGCGUUUAUCAGAACAACCACCUGAAGUGAGUAAUAGCAGUUCGGAGGACGCCUUCUCUCGUAGGACCGAGAUUAGCUUCAAGGACUUGCUCCAGGGUCAGUUCAUUACGUCUUCUGCAAACUGGACUUUAACAGAAGCUGAGAGGAAAAGUUCUUCGAGCGACAGGUGGGGGUCUCCUAGCCACUCCUACUCUACCAAGGAUAUUAGUUUCUACAUGACGACACCAGAGUUGCAGCGAAAUAUUGAUACGAAUUCCCUUCCACUGUUCAUUCUGACACUCGCCAGUUGUCUCAAUUUUCAACCUUGCGAAGAGAUUCAGCAUCAGUCAGGCUAGAUUGUACAUCCCUGGUAGGUAUAUUCUAACUCAGUAGUGGACUUUGAUGUACGUUUACUUGGAAAUGUUCAAGCGAGGUGAGGAGGCAUUUAGACGACAAUUGACUAUGAUCAGUUAUGGGCCUAUGACUUUCACGCUAGGACUGUGCAUAGUUUAGAAAUUUAAGAAAAACAUUCUUUCUCUUUCAAGAGAGCCAUUACACAUGCACUGACACGAUCACGCAUGAAAUCGAGUACCCUGUUGCGUUGUAUGGACCGUUAUGCAGUGACGUGUGCUGGUAUCAGUCCAGCGUGAAAUGAAACUAUUACUGUAUUCAAAUGAUUGUUUUUAGCAUUGUUGGUGCAAGACCAUCAUAGAAUCUAA